AUGAAUAUUCCUAUCUCUUCUUUCACCUUUCUUCUCUAUACCUUCUUUCUUUUCUCUCCUCUUUCUCUUUCUUCAUCGCUUCCAUUGUCUUUGAAAACACAAGCCUCUAUCUUAGUUUCUCUCAAACAAGAUUUCCAUUCCAAAAACACAUCCUUAAAAACAUGGAACAUCUCUAACUACAUGUCCCUUUGUACAACAUGGUAUGGUAUCCAAUGUAACACAGACAAUACUUCUGUUGUGUCAUUAGACAUAUCAAACUUGAAUGUUUCUGGAACCUUCUCAUCUUCCAUCACAAAGCUAUCAACCUUGAGAGUCCUCAACAUAUCAAACAACAUGCUCAAUGGAGACCUAAGAUGGAAAUUCUCAAACCUCAAAGAGCUUGAGGUUUUCGAUGCUUACAACAAUGAGUUCAAUUCUUCACUUCCUAGUGGAGUCACUCAGUUACAUAGUCUUAAGUACUUGAAUCUCGGCGGAAACUUUUUCCGCGGAGAGAUUCCUGCAAGAUAUGGAAAGAUGAUGAGUUUGAACUAUCUGUCUCUUGCAGGUAAUGAUUUGAGAGGUUUCAUGCCUUUUGAGCUUGGAAACCUUAGUAACUUGACACAUCUUUUUUUAGGUUAUUUCAAUGAGUUUGAAGGUGAAAUUCCAAAAGGUUUCGGUAAUCUAGUUAAUUUGGUUCAUCUUGAUCUUGCAAACUGUGGUUUGAGAGGUGAAAUUCCACAUGAGUUAGGUAAACUUUACAAACUAGACACACUUUUCUUGCAGACCAAUCAACUUAGUGGUUCAAUUCCUUUGGAAUUAGGGAAUUUAACUAGUUUGAAGUCUCUUGAUUUGUCGAACAACGAGUUGAUUGGAAACAUACCGAAUGAGUUUUCGAAUCUUCGUGAACUCAAACUCUUGAAUUUGUUCAUCAACAAACUCUCUGGUGUGAUUCCGUCUUUUGUUUCUGAGUUACCGAAUUUGGAAGUGUUGAAGCUUUGGCAUAACGGUUUCGAAGGUUCUAUUCCUUCAAAGCUUGGAGAGAAUGGUAAACUGACCGAGCUUGAUUUAUCGACGAACAAGCUCACUGGAAUACUUCCUAGAUCUUUAUGCAUUGGAAAGAAGCUCAAGAUUUUGAUUUUACUCAAUAAUUUUCUGGUUGGUUCUUUGCCUAAUGAACUUGGUGAAUGUUACACACUCGAAAGAGUUCGUCUUGGACGAAACUAUUUAACAGGUUCGAUACCGAAAGGUUUACUAUAUUUGCCUGAAAUUUCACUUCUUGAACUGCAGAACAAUUUUUUCAGUGGUUUUCUUGCGCAGCAAGAAACCACAAACACAAACAGUUCUAAACUCGAAGAGAUGAAUCUGUCGAACAAUCGUUUUUCAGGAUCUCUCCCGAGUUCUAUUGGGGAUUUUCCAAAUUUGCAGAUUCUGCUUCUUCAUGGAAAUAGAUUCUCAGGUGAAAUUCCUCAAGAUAUAGGAAAGUUGAAGAACAUUCUAAGGUUGGAUAUGGGUUUCAACAACUUUUCAGGAAAAAUUCCUAUUGAGAUAGGUGAAUGUUUUUCACUUACCUAUUUAGAUUUGAGUCAGAAUCAAUUAUCAGGUCCUAUUCCAUUUCAGGUUUCACAGAUUCACAUACUUAACUAUCUUAAUGUGUCAUGGAACAAUCUAAACCAAACACUCCCUAAGGAGCUUGGUUCUAUUAAGGGCUUAACUUCAGCUGAUUUCUCUCAUAACAAUUUCUCUGGUUCAAUUCCUGAAAUAGGACAAUUCUUAAUGUUCAAUUCUACUUCCUUUAUCGGUAAUCCAAAUUUAUGUGGAUAUGAUUCGAGUCCAUGCAACCGUUCUUCAUCAGAAACAUCUGAGUCUCCGAAUCAAGAAAACAGUCCUGCGAAACAUGGAAUUCUGGUAAGGUAUAAGCUUCUAUUUGCAUUAGCACUUUUGGUUUGUUCGUUGGUUUUCGCAACGUUUGCUAUAAUCAAAAGUCGAAAAGGAAUUCGGAAGGACUCGAAUACAUGGAAGUUAACAGCAUUUCAGAAGAUUGAAUAUGGAAGUGAAGACAUCUUAGGUUGUGUAAAGGAGAGUAACAUCAUAGGAAGAGGCGGAGCCGGUGUUGUAUAUGGAGGAACAAUGCCGAAUGGAGAAAAAGUAGCUGUGAAAAAGUUGUUAGGAGUUAACAAAGGUAGUUCUUAUGAUAAUGGUUUAUCAGCUGAAAUAAAAACACUUGGUAGAAUAAGGCAUAGAUACAUUGUGAAGUUGUUGGCAUUUUGUUCAAAUGGAGACACUAAUUUGCUUGUUUAUGAGUAUAUGACAAAUGGUAGUUUAGGUGAAGUGUUGCAUGGAAAAAGAGGGGGGUUUCUUGAGUGGAAAGUUAGGGUGAAAAUAGCAACUGAAGCUGCUAAAGGACUUUGCUAUUUGCACCAUGAUUGUUGUCCUUUGAUAGUUCAUAGAGAUGUUAAGUCAAAUAAUAUUUUGUUGGAUUCUGAACUUGAAGCUCAUGUUGCUGAUUUUGGACUUGCUAAGUUUUUGUUGCAAGAGAAUAAUGGUGGAACUUCUGAAUGCAUGUCUUCUAUUGUUGGUUCUUAUGGAUACAUUGCUCCAGAAUAUGCAUACACAUUGAAAGUGGAUGAGAAAAGUGAUGUAUAUAGCUUUGGAGUGGUGCUACUAGAGCUAUUGACAGGGAGAAGACCAGUGGGAGAUUUUGGUGAAGAUGGAAUGGAUAUUGUUCAAUGGACAAAGUUACAAACUGAUUGGAACAAAGAAAGUGUGGUGAAGAUUCUUGAUGGAAGGUUACAUCAAAUUCCUAUAGAUGAAGCAAUGCAUAUAUUCUUUGUGGCUAUGUGUUGUGUUGAAGAACAAAGUGUGGAAAGACCAACUAUGAGGGAAGUUGUUGAAAUGAUAGCACAAGUAAAGCAACCAAAUAUCUUUCAUGUGUAG